UCGAAGUAGCUUUUGUCAUCUUUGUAAUGUAUUGUGAUUUCUAAAAGAAAUUCUAAUAAAAGUUAAGCUUUUCUUAUAUUGAAAUUUAACGUAGUUGUUGUUGUUGUUAACUUCUGAGUGUUGUCCUACUGAGAAAGUUCGAGAAAUGUAAUAAAGAAUGGAUCGUCUACUUCGUCUCGGAGGGGGCAUGCCGGGGCUCUCUCAGCCUCCUCCACCGACCGAUGCUCCCGUGGUGGAUACCGCUGAACAAGUUUACAUUUCCUCUCUAGCCUUAUUGAAAAUGCUAAAACACGGCCGUGCUGGUGUACCCAUGGAGGUUAUGGGUCUUAUGCUUGGUGAAUUUGUUGAUGACUAUACAGUGAGAGUGAUUGAUGUAUUUGCCAUGCCUCAAACUGGUACUGGUGUCUCUGUAGAAGCUGUUGAUCCUGUCUUUCAAGCGAAAAUGUUGGACAUGCUGAAACAGACUGGCCGCCCUGAGAUGGUGGUUGGAUGGUAUCACUCACAUCCUGGCUUUGGAUGCUGGUUGUCCGGUGUCGACAUUAACACCCAGCAGUCAUUUGAAGCAUUGUCAGAGAGAGCUGUAGCUGUGGUGGUGGACCCCAUCCAGUCUGUCAAGGGCAAAGUCGUCAUUGACGCCUUCCGUCUCAUAAACCCCAACAUGAUGGUUCUCGGCCAGGAGCCCAGGCAGACCACCUCCAACUUGGGCCAUUUACAGAAGCCAUCGGUACAGGCUCUGAUCCACGGUCUAAACCGACACUACUACUCCAUCAGCAUAAACUACAGAAAGAAUGAGCUCGAGCAAAAGAUGCUUCUGAAUCUGCAUAAAAAGUCAUGGAUGGAUGGUCUCUCCCUGGCUGACUAUAAAGAGCAUUGCUUAAUAAACGAGACCACAGUCACAGACAUGCUGGAGCUAGCCAAGAAUUAUAACAAAGCACUGGAAGACGAGGAGAAGAUGACUCCAGAACAGUUAGCGAUCAAGAAUGUCGGCAAGCAGGACCCGAAGAGGCAUCUAGAAGAGAAAGUUGAUAUCUUGAUGGCGAACAACAUAGUGCAGUCAUUAGGAGCUAUGCUAGAUACUAUGGUUUUUAAAUGAUUUAUCUGUCUGAACCCUAAAAUAAAAAUUAAAUAUA